CGUAAAAACUCGAAACGAAGGACGAGCUUCGAGUUUAUGACGCGAAAUACAAAUAUAAAACUAUCCAUUAUUCAUGCUAAUUGGCGAUAAUCGCGAAGAAUUGUAUAAUCGGCGAGUCGGCGAUUUUUUCAAUUCGCUCGUGCGAUGAAAGUGCAUCGUGGCCUACAACACGAGCACACGAGACAAAAAUUGCCACGGCCAAUGUUUACCAUGGACCAUGCAAGAUGUGUAAAUAACGCUAAAAAUUCUUCGCCAAGUGUUAGGAAACACGGCGAGAUAACGAGCCUCUGCGUUACGCAGUAAACGCAAUGCAACUCACAACGUGUUGCAAAUGUUACUCGUUAAAAACGGGGACAUUGUUCACUGGAAUAUUGGGUAUAGUCUUAUCAAUUAUUUCAUUAAUCUUAAUCUUUACUCUAAAUGUCGAAUGGAAAACAAUAUUGAUCGACAUUGUAGACCAGAGCAUCGUCAGGAUCAUUUUUGCGAUAAAUUUGUGCAUGACGAUUCUGAUCUCAACAUUGCUUAUAGUUGGCGCUCUUAAGAAAAAAACAUUUUUAAUGCUACCAUGGGUAGUUUUGGGUUUAAUAUUAGCAGUUGGUUUAUUGGUGAGUGUCCUCUAUACGUCCAUCAUGUUCUUCGUAUAUCAUGACGUAAUAAUUGGAAUUCUGUGGCUCAUCAUUGGCCUCCUAACCAUUGUAAUCUAUGUAUACUUGUGGCUGGUAGUGUAUAGUUAUUUCCAACAAUUAAGGUAUGAUAAAAUGAACAGCCGAAUCGAUCCAUAUGGAAGACCGUAUAAUUAUCGAAGACCUUGAAAAUAAAUCGAUAAUUUCACAAAGAACAAAAUGAUCGAGAUGUUUUCUUUUCGCAAAAUAAUUAGACUAUUUUUUCUUUUAAAGAAAAAAUAAAAAAGAAAA